AUGAUCAAGGGGAUCAUUAUCGUCAAUAACCACGGAAAACCGCGACUCGUCAAGUUUUACCAAAACGUGGAAUCGGAAGCGCUGCAGCAAUCUGUUAUUCGUCGUGUCUUUCAGCAGGUUGCCGCACGGCCGGACUCCUUUUGCAAUUACUUGGAAGGGAUUGUACCAGAAUGGGGGGACCAUAUAAAGCUCAUCUAUCGACACUACGCUACUUUAUAUUUCGUUUUUGCGGUUGACCAGCAAGAGAGCGAUUUGGGGAUUUUGGAUCUUAUUCAAGUGUUUGUAGAAGCGCUCGAUAAGUGUUUCGAAAACGUAUGCGAACUGGAUUUAAUAUUCCAUUCCGAUCGGGUACACUAUAUAUUGGACGAAAUCGUUAUGGGUGGCAUGGUCUUGGAGACCAACAUCCAGGGCGUCCUACAAUCCAUCAAGGAUCAGGGCAAAAUCCAUCAA